UUACUUUCCAGGACUUCGCCGACCGGCGUCCUGUUUGCGUCUCUGCUUGUCUGGUGACCUUACUCAGGGCUUAGCAUCGCUCUUCCACCACUACCAAUCUUGCUGAAGGUGCUGCCAUGGCCACCACUACGCUUCCAUGGCACCCUAUUCGCCCAGUAAAGCUUCGUCGGUGCUCGGUGUCGGUUCGGCCCACGGUUUCGGUUCAAGCCUUCCGUCGGAGUGACUUCGAUAACUUUGCUCAGCGCAUGACUUCUGGUGAGGCAUGGAGGGACGCUUGGCGCAGUGCCAAUGAUGGCUUCGAGCAGCUACUUUUUGAAGCAAAGAAGACUGCUGAGCGGAUAGACCGCCGCUACGCGGUGUCGCGGCGGGUAAGUGAAGCUACGAGGUCCGCUGUUGAUCGGGCGCGUGAGAUUGAUCGUGAAUUUGAGAUUGGAAUGCGAUGGCGUGCUUUCACCAUGGAUUUCAGUAGAAACUGGCCGAGGUACAGGACGCAGCUCAACAACUUUCUGGAUAGUCCAAUUGGAAGGAGCUCUGCAACAGUUUUCUUCAUCUGGUUUGCAUUAUCUGGCUGGCUUUUCCGGUUCUUGGUGAUUGCGACUUGGGUUCUUCCAUUUGCUGGACCGCUUCUCAUUGGUACACUGGCUAACAACCUAACUAUCAAGGGCACUUGUCCAGCUUGCAAAAUGCAAUUUGCCGGCUACAAGAACCAAGUAAUUCGAUGUUCUAGCUGUGGCAACAUUGUGUGGCAACCCAAAGGGGAUUUCUUUUCAAAGGAUGGAAGAAGAAACUCCUCUUCUAAAUCAGAACCGGAUAUUAUUGACGUUGACUUUGAGGAGAAAUGAAGGAAGGGAUGCUUAAAUCCGCAUUUAUGAUUCUGGCUUUAUAGUGGAAACAUACAACAAGUAGAAUACAAUGCCUCUUUGUUUGUUUGUUUGUAGUAUUAUUCAGUUAUGCUAGAGUGAGUUUUGUUCUUUACACAAUGCUUCGAGUACUUAGAGGUUUUGUUCAGCCGUAUGGACUUGUAAAUCCUUUCUUAUUACUAUGAAUAGAUGAAGAGAGGAAGAGGGAGAACAGGAAAAAAAGACGAAGAAAAAAAUGCAAGUUAUAUGCCGUUGCGUUGGUGCAACCUUGUUUGUACAGAGAACAGAUCUGGGAAGAAUAAUGUAUCGCCCCUCAAAUGUUUUGUCAUUUUCAUUCUAAUUAAUUUCAACACAACAGGAAUGGUGUGGCUAGUAUCA